AUGAAUAUGAAGGAAAAGACAAAUAGUUUCAUCUGUGUUAAAUAUUUUGCCUUUGCUGUUUUAAUAUUAGCUUAUAUAUUUCCGUCUGAUUUUGCUGAAACCUGUGGUAAGUCAUGGAGUAGAAAUAACAAUAUUUACUCAAAUAAGGAUUAUAAUACAAAAGCAAGUAGAUUGUUAAAAGUUGAAUUAGUGUCAGAACCCAAAGAAAAGUAUAAAAUUUUAAAAGAAAAGUUACUAGAUAUAUUAAAUGAAAAUGAUGAAGAUUUUGAAAAAAGAUUUAAUGAAGUAUUAAAUGAUGAGAUUUUUGAAAAUGUACCCAUGCCACAGAAAUUGAUUAAAAAGAUGAACAAAUCAUUAUGUUCACUGAUGUUUUAUAAUUAUGAUAAAAAAGGAUUAUGGUUAUCAGGAUUUGGAAAUCUCGAUGAAAAGUUAGAAGCAUCAUUAGAAUCUGAUAGUAAUGAUGGAGAAAAAUUACCUAGUUCAGAGGACAAUUUUAAUAGCAUUGAAAAGAUAACAAAUCAAUCAAAAUUUUGUAGUAAUUUUAAAAAAUGGAAUCUAUUUAAAAUUUUUGAUUAUUUUGAAAAACUAAAAGAAGAGGACACAUCAAAAUAUGAUUAUAGUUCAGAUUAUGAUGGUACCACUAGUAAAAUUAUUAAUGAGAAAGGGGAAGAAAAGUUAGAAGGUUAUUUUAGUGAUGUCUCCGAUGACGACUUUAGAUAUGACGAUGAACCAGGCGAUAUAUUAAAAAAUAUUUUUAAACCGAAUUGCGAAAAACUAUCUCACUUAUUGAAAUCUUAUGUUGAUGGUGAAAAAGUAUUAAAACCAUUAAAGAAAGAAAUAUUAACAACUAAAAAAUAUUAUGGACUAAUAAAACCGGUUUUCACAUGGACAGGUAAUUAUAUGAAGAAAUUAGAUGUAAAAUACGAAAAGUCUUUGAUGAAGGUAUUGGCUUCUGAUGAUAUGAUAGAUGAUAACACUGUUAAGUUACUCUUCAAAAAAUUUAAGAGUUAUUUAAUAGUUAUUUAUCCACUUUUUUCUUAUAGCCUUUACACAUUGGUGGUUUAUUUAUUUAAUUUUGAUCAUUUUAGUAUUGCUUCAACAGCUACCAUGCUUUUAUGCGCUUUAAUAUAUGUGAGUUACAAAUAUAUCAAGUGCACUAACAACACUAAAUAUAAAGAAUUACAAGAUAAUAUGAAUACCUAA